GUUCAAUUGACCACUGCACACGUGUUUUAUUAGCCAUUCCACACCCGAGCGUGCGUGCUAGAUUUCACGAAGUUCAGCCGAACUUUGACGACUGCUCAUCGAGGUGGGACACUUCAGCUGCUAGCAGUAGAGCGUCAACCUGUUUAUUUUCGUCCAGAACUAAACUCGUUAUCUUAUUGCGCUAAGAUUGAUGAGGACUCGGAGUCUGCGCGACGUGCAAACUUGCACAAACUUCAGUACGACUUUGCAAGUGCAGUGUGAGCAACAAACAGCUUAUAGUAAUGAUUUUAGAGAAAAUACCCACCAGAACAUGCUCUUUCUUCAUACUCAGGGUGGCGAGACAGGCCCACUCAUCCUCCUCGGUGCCGCCGCAGCCCGUUCCUCCGCUCGGGCAGACUCUGCAGCGUUAUCUGCGGGCUCUGGAGCCGCUCUUACCGGACGAUGAGCUCGAACACACACGCAGGAUCGUGCAGAAGUUCGGGUGCCCCGGAGGUCUUGGCGAAAAAAUGCAGAGAGAACUCACUAAACGAGCGAAGCAUUCACAUAACUGGAUCUCUGAUUGGUGGGUGCAGUGGGCAUAUCUGGAGUGUAGGCAACCGCUGGCAGUGCACUCGAACCCGGCCAUCUCUCUCCCCAAACGAGAUUUCACUGACUGGAGAGGUCAACUAGUAUUUGCAUCAAAGCUAAUUGCAGGAGUGUUAGACUUCAAAGCCAAAGUGGACAGUAGGAAGUUGGCAGUGGAGUACAUGCGUGAACGCCCGUUAUGUAUGGAAUUGUUUCCUCAGCUCUUCUCAUCCUGUCGAAUCCCAGGACCCAAACAUGAUCAUGUGGUUCACUACGGUCGUCCUCGCCGCGGUCCGGCUCACAUUACAGUGGUCAGGAAUUACCAGUUUUUCCAGCUGGAUGUGUAUAACAGUGAUGGAACACCUUUGACCGAGAGUCAGAUUCAUGCUCAGCUCUUGCGGAUUCGCUCCCAAUCAUGGAAAACUGAUAAGGAGCCGAUGGGAAUUUUGACCAGCGAGCAUCGCCACACAUGGGGUCAGGCAUACACCCGCCUGCUCAAAGAUAAAAUCAAUAAAGAGUCGGUGAGACUGAUAGAGAAAUCGAUCUUCACUCUGUGUCUGGACUCGCCAGUUAUGAGAAUUUCUGAUGAGAAGUAUUCCAGUCGAAUGGCAGCACAGAUCUUGCAUGGGGGCGGGACUUAUUCUAACAGUGGAAAUCGCUGGUUUGACAAGACGCUGCAGUUUGUUGUGGGUGAGGACGGCUCUUGGGGUCUCUUGUACGAGCAUGCGACCGCUGAGGGUCCUCCUAUAGCUACACUACUAGAUCAUGUACUUCAAUACUGUACGAAACCGGACCGAGUUAGAGCUCCAUUAAUUCCUCUGGCCAUGCCGAAGAAACUUUACUUCUACAUCAACUCUGAGAUCAAAUGGGAUAUAGAAAUGGCAAAACAAAACCUGGAUAUUCUCAUCAACGAUUUAGACAUCAAAUGUUUCAACUUCCAGCGUUUUGGAAAAGAGUUCCCCAAACAACUCAAACUGAGUCCGAACUCUUUCAUCCAGGUGGCCAUACAGCUGGCAUACUACAGAGUGCACAGUGAAGUGUGUGCAGCGUGUGACAUCGCCUCACUGAGGAUGUUCAGAGGAGGACGCACAGACUACAUCCGUUCUCCAACCAAUCAAAUGCUGCGAUUCAUACAGGCAUUUGAUGAUGACGCUGUUUCCAGAGAGGCAAAGAUGCAGCUGUUGAAAGAGGCUGUUGAUGCAUACAGUGUCCUCACAGAGCAGGCACUGUUGGGGCAGGGUAUAGACCGUCAUCUGCUGGGUCUUAAACUGCAAGCCAUUGAAGAGGGACUGAGUGUGCCCAGGAUUUUCAUGGACACUGCAUAUGGACUGGCCACUCACUGGAAACUCAGAACAGGACAGGUGCCCACCAAUACAGACAGUGUGAUGUGUUUUGGACCGCUGGUUCCGGAUGGGUACGCAGUGUGCUACAAUCCACAGCAAGAUCAUGUUCACUUCUCAAUCACUGCAUUCAACUGCUGUGAGGAAACCAAUGCAGAGAAACUGGCCUUCACGCUGGAGCGAUCACUCUGUGACCUGCAGAAGUUGUUUCAACCUGACGUAUAGAGAUGCCCAGACAACGACAUUGUUUUAAAACCUCUUAUACAACAUAACUGACACUCCAGGAGGAGUGAUGAAGAGCAAGUGCACCUGGGAGCAUCAGGCUUUGUUGAGAGAGUGCUCUUUAUGAAAAGUCGUUCAUGCACCUGAGAUGGUGUAAAUGUUUGCUGGUCCAUUUGCAAAUAAGAAAAGCUUGCGUACUGGUGUUUGUCUAAGAAGAACCAUAAAAGCUAAAGGGAGUUAUCUGAGAUUAUGAAGUCAGGAUACCAAAUGUAAAGGCCUUUACCAUAUAAAAACGUAACAUGCAUUUUUGUUUUUCUGGUUUUGUGUGACAUGUUAUAACUAGUAUUGCCAUAAUAUUUGAUAAAGUUCCCUUUUUAAAUGUGUGCUGUCAGCAGAAGAUGAAGUCUUUCAUGGACCAAAUAUUUAAGUAGGACAAUUGUUUGUGUAAAAUACAGAUUGUGUUGCCAAAGCUGCAUUAUCAUUAUUGUUAAAGCAUAUGGGAGAUGGCUGUUACGCUUUGUCAAGAAUAAAAAGUUUUUCAUCUGGUAAUAAAAUAUAGUGGCCAUUUGUAUAUACACAAAAUUUGUGCAUGGUCAGCACACAUUAAAGUUGCUGGGUUAUUUUGUGUUUUAAAAAUAACAAUUCUUAAACAAUUAAAGGUUUCUCACAAUAUAACUA